AGUAGAGACUGGCAAUCCUCCUUUGGAUCGUAAACAAUGUCUCUGGUGAUCGGCGGGUCUCGUUUCACAGCAAAUGGAAUCCGAAGGGCAAGAACCUUCCAUUACUUCUGGUGUCAAAAUUGCCGACAUAUUGUGAGGAUUCCCUCCACAAACCUAUACGAAAUAUGUCCCCAAUGCUUCCAUGAGUUAUAUCUUCAGCUGGAGGUGUCAAUGCAUAGGCUUGUCACUGAUUCCAGGGACCCAGAACCCUCCCCUGCGACUCGCCUACUUGACCCAUCUACGAGGCGUCGUCCAAAUACUGGUUUUGAUCGGAGAUUUGAAUGGUUAUCAGAAGUUGAAGAUGAGCCGGUUCAGCAAGCUUGGAUUACCCUUGAAUUCGUCCGACCGCCUCGUCCUCCAAGACCCAUUUCGCCAGUAGAAAAUGUGUUUGCCCGGGACAAUAACGUUAGCGAUGCCAUGUCUGGGGACGCGCUAUUGGAGUUCACUGAAGGGAUGGUUUGGCAGAAUGACCGGCCAGGACCUCCUCCCACCGCCGCUUCAGCCAUUGAAGCCUUGCCAAGGGUGAAACUCACGCAAAAGCAUUUGGACAACGACCCGAGUUGCCCGGUAUGCAAGGAAGAGUUUGAUCUUGGUGGAGAAGUCAGAUUGAUGCCGUGCAAGCAUUUCUAUCACUCUGAUUGCAUUGUCCCUUGGUUGUGCAUCCACAACACUUGCCCUGUUUGCCGCUAUGAGCUGCAAGACGAUUCCAACAGCGAUCUUGAAGACACAGAUGAUGAAGAUUUUCGCUUUGAAGACGUGCCAGAUUGGUUGAACUGGUUAUGGAGUCGGCUGUUCUCUCUGUGGCCUUUCCGUAUAGUGUUGGAUUUGACACAUCGCUACCUUGAUUUCGAAGAUGCUAGCUCAGCCUCUCAUGAUGGGCGUAGCUCCUGGUGGCGCUCCUGGCUCAUUCUAUAGGCUUGUGUUUAUAUCACCGCCGAUGCUAAAAACGGUUUGUGUGAGGCUCUACAAUUUACAAUUAUGUUGCUUUUAAGACAGGUAAAAAUAUUAACUUUGGUAAUGAUUAACAAGAUAUAACAAAGGAAAAGACGAUGAAGCUUGGCAGGUAAACGUUCUGUUCUUUAACUAAAUCAUCCUAAUGAUUUCAUUUUCCCAAUAUUUCUAACAUAAUUUAUUCGAUUUUUGGAAACUGAUCGAUCUAUACCAGUGAUGUAGGACGUCAAAACUGUUUCAUUUAAACAAUUUUCGCACGUUCAUUAUGUUAAAAUGUCAUUUAUUAUUGUUUCUCGAUCUUGACAUCAUGUUAUCUGCAAUCUAUUUAACACCUUUUUUCCCCUCCCUCUGACCAUGUUGCAGUUUCUGAUUUUCAUGAAGGUAAUUUUAGCUUUGAGACCUUCAUUAGCUUGAUGGAUUUAGUUUCAGGAACGGUCGUGUGCCUAAUUGGAUAAUAAACUAUCGUGGAUUCAAUAUCGAGUGGAAUUGUAGAGCCUAACCUCUUGUGAUGGGAGCAGAAGCAGUAGUUUUGGAGUAUGGAGUGAGAGAGUGGGGAAUGGUUGGAGCAGUUGCUGUGUUUAUCACUAGGCAUAGACAACUGGUUGGAGGUGGCAAAGAAGUUCUACUUCUGUGGUUAUUGUUUUGACUUUUCAAUAUGGGUUUACAACUUCAGUUAAGAGGCUUGCUUGGCAGUUGGCGGAGCUGCUACGCCUUGGCUUCUUAGACCUGCAGCGUGCAUGGAAGCUGGAUGUGUCAAUGUCAAGGGAUGGACAAGGCGGCAAUGUUCUGAGAUAAUAUACGAAAUCUGGCUUGUUGGUGGACAUGAAAAUGACUUUUUGACGUGCAAUUUUUGCUCUCACAACAAUCACUCGCUCUUGCAAGAGGACAUAUCGUCAACUUGUACGUGCGGACAAAACUGACAUCUUCGCACAUCCUUUCCCAGUGGGGCAUUACAUCUUGAAAAUGGCUUAUGUGAUCAGCAAUCCAAAACUCGACUGCUUCUCAGUUGCUGAUGCUCAAAAGGAACCAUCAUAUCUUACACUUCAAUGGAUACAG